AUGGCGUGUAUCAGUUCUAAUCGGGUAGCCACCCGAGUGCAAGAGAAAUUGUGCCAGUUUUUAAGUAACAAUAGAAACUACUAUCAGCAAUCCCGUCGGCGUUUUGCAGCUCCAUCCACAGUAGUUUAUUCACCAGCUUCCGGACAACCACAGACACUCAGAGGAUUGUGUGGAAAAUUCUUACGUCAGCCAUGCACAGCAAAACCAUUGUUGCCCAUCACACAUCCAUGUAUGCGGGAGUACAGCUCGGUUCACACACAGCAACCAGCAGGACCAGUCAGAGACUACCAAGUGCAGGUUGAUCCCUACGUUAUCCUUGAGGAUGAACUCAAAUUCAUCUACGAUGAUAUUCGACAGAUGUUGGAAAAUGCAACAAAACAGCCAGAACUUGAUACAAUCGCCUCAUAUUAUUUUGAUGGUCAGGGCAAAGCCCUACGGCCUAUGGUGACGCUUCUGAUGGCAAAAGCAAUCAACUACCACAUUCAGAACAAAGACAAUAGCAUCUUGCAUAAGCAGCGGCAAGUGGCGAUGAUUUCUGAAAUGAUACACUCGGCUAGUUUAGUACAUGACGAUGUCAUAGACCAGUCAGAUUGCAGGCGGGGUAAGCCCAGUGUAAAUAUUCUGUGGAAUCACAAGAAGGUGACGAUGGCUGGCGACUAUAUUUUGGCCAUAGCUUCCAUUGCAAUUGCCCGACUAAAGCAUGAUGACGUUACAAUAUGCCUCAGUAAGAUCCUUACUGACUUGGUUCAGGGAGAACUCAUGCAGCUUGGUUCCAAGGAGACAGAAAAUGAGAGAUUUGCACAUUACUUGACCAAAACGUACAGAAAGACAGCUUCACUGAUAGCCAAUGCUUUAAAAUCGGUCGCCCUGUUGGCCAAUGCAGAUGAGAAUAUCUCAGAGAUUGCUUUCCAGUAUGGCAGGAAUAUAGGGUUAGCGUUUCAGUUGGUUGAUGACUUGCUGGACUUUGUGUCGACGGCCGAAACGAUGGGAAAACCAACAGCGGCAGACCUCAAAUUGGGACUGGCCACAGCUCCAGUUCUCUUCGCUUGUGAGAAAUAUCCUGAAUUAAAUCCAAUGAUAAUGAGACGAUUUCAAGAGCCAGGCGAUGUUGAAAAGGCCUUCGAAUUGGUGCAUAAAUCCCAGGGAUUGGAGCAGACCCGCUUCUUGGCGCGCAAACACUGCAUUGAGGCGAUUCGAUUAGCACAAGAAUUGGCGGAGUCGCCGUAUCAGAAGGCUCUGGUGGUCGUUGGCGAUUUAGUCCUCAAUAGAAUGAAAUAGUUAACAACUUUCCAACUAUACAACUAUCUCAAGCAUAUACAAUUAAAAGAAACACAAAAAAAAUCGUGGGGUGGGUGAAUACUCUUGUGUGCAUGAAUGAGAUUUUGUGUUGAUCGUUUUGUGCGUGCGAAUGCAACUUUUAUCGUUGAAAGUGAUUGUGACCGAGAGUGCUACAAAUAAGACAAUCAACUGUCUCUUCUCUGCACCAUCAGGGAGUCGUUGAACAAGGAGAAGAAAACUCUGUACCAUUAUCUGGUGGUUGAGUUUUCUUUCCACUUCAACGACGUCCAAAAAGGCAGAGAGUUGAUGUUGAAGAAUUCAUAUCCGACAAGGCAACAACCAAAGGGAAUGCACGUGAAGGAAUAACACGAAAAAUGCAAGUACACUUCCUCACUUGGUAUAACUUUGUUGGAUAUUGAAUAAAAAACAAUUUAUAAAAAGGUAAAAAAAAAGAUGAAGUAAUAAUUUAUGAUGUGCGAUUGUGCGAAUCAAGUGUGAAUGCAAUGGUUAAAUGCAACAAAAACAAGAACAACAACAAAACACCUUAAUAAUUAUUUUUUGUUCGUAACUAUUAUUGAAAAGAGGGCAAAGAAUAAUUUUUCUCACCUGUAAAUCUCUCUCUCGAAAGACAUCUCGUGGGAAGGUUUCCCUUUCUCAAAGAGGACAUAAUUAAUUUCCCAAAAAAAGAAAAAGAAAAAAUAGUCAGCCGUUUUAAUCAAGAGUUUAAUUAUUUAUUUAAUUGACAAAUAAUUAUUUGAUAUCAGAGACAGAUACGCAAGAAAACUUAUUAAAUGUAUUACGUAUCGUGAGGAAGUAAACUAUGUAAGAGGAAUUCGUGAGGGAAUUGCAAUUGAGGUGAUUAGUUCGUACACAAUGCAUCGUUUUUGUUUUUAUUUUUAAUUUCACAAAAAUUAAAACGUUGUUAAAUUGUUUAAACAAAGUUAAAUUGCCCAUUGAGGACUCAAACACAAAUUAAACGUCGAGUUAACGAUGAUUUUUUCUUAGUGAAUUUUCAGGCUUUAAGAUUUUGGUUAUUAACCAAAAUUGCAAACAAUGGAUGGCACUAUCUCAAAUACUGCCUAGGCAAAAAGUUAUGGGUAAUUUUGCAAAAAUACUUCUUAUAUAUUCCAAGAGAAGAUUCCAACAGAAAAAAUUUCAAGUUUACACGUUUUUUUUACUACGGCAUAUCGGUUUUUCUUACGUUUAGUUUCAGAGCAAAAAUUUGGACAGGAACACAAAUUACAAUUGUUUUUAUUGCCCGUACUUUUUGCUAAUUGCUUCUUGAACUACUUGCAAAAACGGUUUUAACAUCCUAAUGGAAAAUUGUUUUGAAAAAGAAAACAAUGUGCAGGGGUCAUAAAACAUCAAAUUGGUCUUAAAGAACAUAACAUAAGCACUGAUACAGAAAAAAUGCAAUUUGGAAAAUAUAUUGGUGGAUUGCGUACAUUAUCUAAGCGAUUUUAUUUUAUUUGCCGUAAUAUUUAUGAAGAAACAUGUUAAAGCUUCUUAGGAUAUUGAAUUUCUCUUCGAUUUGAUUCGUCUUUAGAACCAUUCAAACCUUAUGUCGAUGAGGCCAUUUACACCGCCGCAUUGGAUUGAAAUUGAAUUGUCCCAAAAUCGGGUUUUGGAACAAUUUAGACUCAAUCUGAGACGGCAAUAUAAACUGUUUCAUUUCGUCCAAGUACACCCCCGAGAUUGAGAUUGAAUUGUCCCAAAAUCCGAUUUUAGGACAGUUUAAUCUCAAUCUAAUGCGGCGGUGUAAAUAGCCUCAAUCACUCCUAAUACAUUCAUUUUUAAUAUUUUCGAUAAGGCACAUAGGGACUUGAAUGGAACUAGGAGGUAAAAUAAGCAAAUUGUGAACUGAAUCCAAUCCUGAACAUUUAGAUUUUCUCAUUGUUUAAGAUCGUCAAAGAGAAAAAGAAGAGCAAAAAGAUUUAAAAGACCUACAAACUAAAAUAUUCUUUAUUCUCUUUUACUUUUUUGUGCUCUUCUUUUUCACUUUGUCCAUCUUAAACAGUGAGAAAAUCUCAAAUUUAAGGACUAGACACGGUAUACAAUUAGUUUAUUUAACCCUAUGGGGGUAGGGUUGAUUUUAGUUGAAACUAAAAGGUUUAACCCUUUCGGAAUCGCAGCAUCUGCAGCAAUGUCAAUUUCACGAUUCUUUGAUCAAUAAUAUCUUAACGCAAGAAUUAUUCGAGGUGCUACAAGAAAUAUCCUGGAUUUGGACAUUCUUAUAGUUCAGAAUCAUUUACAAGAAAUGAUUUUUAAUUUCAAUUAGUGUAUCAAGAGUCCCAAAAGAUGAGAAAGACUUAAAGCGGUACUUGGUGCUAUACCUGAUGAUCACGAUAAGGAUAUCCAGAUAAGGAUUGAACGAAUAAAUCCGUAAGCAGAAUGUGAAAUAGCUUAGCACAGGAAGGCGGCUUGAUUUCGAACAAGAAAUGAUGAUCGAUAUUUAUGAUUUUUUUUUGAAUCCGAAAAAUUGGAAUAUUCGAAGGAUGGCCCGUGUAGGAGAUCCUACUCCCUUUGUAAUCUCUGUUGGAGUAUUGUGCAAGAAAAUUGGGAAAACGACACAAGAAUAAUACGGGCUUCAGACCUAGGCUUAGCCAUUUGGCUUAACUGUUCUAAUUUCUUAUCAAUGACGAUAUUUUGGAAAAAGUUAACUUUGACUUGAAUUAUUAAAGAUAAAUGACCUAUUAGGUUCUCAAAAAGAGUUGAGACCGGCUUCAGACCUAAGGUUUAGCCCAGUUCCCGAUGGUCUCGAAAUUCAAAAUAGCAGCCAAUUUUAUAGGUUUUUCAAAAUUGAAUGGAUCACUUGCCCAUGCUGUUCAAUCUUAAAUGAUAAUUUUCCAAAAAAUCUUGAAUCAUAAGAAAUUAGAGAAGUUAAGCCAUAUAGCUAAGACUCUGAAGUUUGUAUUAGGAUUUGUGGGUUCGGUUACUGCCUGCGUCGACAAUUCUAGAAAAGGUUGUAGGCUGUACAAGAAGUGAAGGAAAGUCACUCAGAUAUGUUUUAGGAUAUUAAGAUUAUCAGAUAAAGAACGGAAUAGAUCAAGAACAUAUUCCAAAAAUCUUGAUAGUCGGAGACUAUCUUUAGCUAAAUUUUUAGCUUAAUUUCGCUAAAUUAAUGCUAAAAUUUUCUAAUUCUUAAAAUUCAUUGAAGAAUAGGCUUUUGUGAAUGAUUGAUAUUUGUUUUCCCUGUACUUAUCAUGACUUGAAGGAGAUCCCAUCCCGAAUCGAAACUUUUACAAAGAAAGGAUAAUCUGGGAACAAAAAUUUUAUACCGAAAAAUCCCGCUUUUAUUUUAUUUAUAAACUCACACGGCCGAGUCGAAGUUCAGCAGUAAAUAAUAAGGAGGAUUAGAACUUAUUUGAUCUUUGAACAUGCUACACAAGCUUCAAACCCUAAUACGGGCUACAUACCUAAAGCCCAAAAUAGACACAGGGAUCGACUUAGGGAUCAGCCCGAAAAAUGAGGAUUGGUGUCGAUACACUCAGGGAUCAGCCCAAAAUUUGGAGGAUCAGGCAGAUCUUCUAAAUUCGUGAGGUCUAGUGAAAUUAAGGAGAUUAGACGACAUCAGCGCCAGUUCUGAAAAUAAAAAGCUUAGUUUUGGAGGUUUUUGGGUGCUUUUCGAAAUGUCAAUUGGGUGAAAAACAUGGAAAGUAAUGGUACGCAAUAUUGCAACAUUUUAAAAUGCAUUAAAAUUGGAGUAAAGAGAAGAUCAGAUUGCUCCUUACUGUACGAAAAAUCCAUUGAUGUUGCACUUAAGAAGCCUCUCAGCAAUCAAAGUGUGGAGAUUUAAUAGAAAUUUACGCUGAAAACGCUAAUCCUUGAUCCUAAAUCCUCAGUAUAACGUAUGGCCAGUGAAAUCUGCACAAAGUUCAAGGAUUUUUCAAUAACUAAAUUAGUAAAUUACAUUCGAAAAAUAAAAAGAUUCCCCAGAAAAGCUAUGCAAGCCAUUGUGAAGAAGCGUCAACCUCGGGGUAAACCUAGGAUAAGGUGGCUGAAUCAAAUUCAGAACCUUAACCUUGGAGCGCCUUGGGAUUAAACCCGAACGUCUUUCUGAAAUGGCGGAGGAUCGACUAGUGUGGGCUGCUAAACUCGCUGUCAUGGCUCUGUGACCCAAAUAGGGAUAAGCGGUUAAAAAUGAUGAUAAAGAAACUCAAAAAAAUUCAAAAUCGUAUUAUCGUUCAAACACGAAUUCUCGCCUUAAUGUCGUUUUUAGGAUUGCAGUAAAAGUGGAUUUAGUAAAAAGUCUUAGAAAUAAAUGUGCAAUGCUAAUAAUUUUGAGUUUUUCAGAUAUCACGAUUUUUUUUAAACAGUAAAAUGUUUUCAACAUUUUUUAAAAGUUAUAAACUAUUUGUUUUCGAAUUUUAAGCCCCUACGAAAUGUAAACAAUGCAUUGUGUACCUUCAAAUCUCCUUCAAAAUAUUAAGUGUUACAGCAAAAAUAAAUUCUCUGUAAAUCUUGUAAAGUAAUUCAACUAAGAAGACUACUUGAAUGUACAUUAUUUACACUGAACGCAAAGAAAUUAAUCACCUUACAUUUAAUUGCAAUUUAAUUGUAAUUUGUGAAAAUGUGAAAGACGUAUGAAUGUUUCUAUAUUUAAGUUGUAUUGUACAUAAAAUUGAAAGAAAGGAAAUGAGCGAUAACAUAUUAGGCAUAUCGAUGAUAGGUGGAAAUAUUAUUUUAAACUUUGUUAAAUAGAACAAAAUAAAAAAAAAUAUGAAAAAUAAUUUGUAUAAAAAGAAGACGCUUGAGAUAAAAAAACGAUUAAAUCCUAUUGAAAAAAAGUGAGAGAAUGUUUAAAAUAUUCUUUGAAGAAAAAAAAUAUGCAAAAUAUUUUGUAUUCUUUUUUUUUAACUAUUUGUAUAAAAAGAUGUUUGAGCGCGCGCUGGUCAUGAAAAUAAAUUUUUCAGUGGGAAAUCACAUGAGGAAAUUAGUCAUUUUUAGCAGUUUCCAAUCAAUUGCUAGUCAUUAUAAUAAAUAAUUUGAGUAAUUUCCAAUAUAAAUAAAUCAUCCCUGUUAGUUUUUCGUUUGUCUCUGCUCCCCCCUUAUAGUUUUUUUUUGUUCGUUGUAUCAUGAGAAAACAUGGUUUUCUUUCCGCAAAACGAUUUGUUUUAUUUGUUUUUAUAAUUGUUACCAUUUUUUUUCAUACAAAUUCGAAGGGAAGAAAAAUUACAUGUUGAUCUAAUUUGCUGAUUAUUUUCUUUUGCAUAUUUUAUUUAAUGAAGAUGCAAAAAAAUAUUGAAAGACGUGGAAAGAGUGAGAAAAAAAUAUAUCAAUUCCAAAAUAUUUGUUCAUUUUUAUUUGAAAGGUAUUUUUAGCUGAAAAUAAAUAUUUUGUAGAAAUUUAGAUUUACUACUUUUUUUUCUAAAGAAGGGAAAAAAUUCAUUAGAGAAAAGAAGUGUUAGAGAGAGGAAUACGAAAGAUAGAAAAAAAAGAGAUCCCAAUGAAUGGUUGUGUGAAUGAGUAAAAGUUAGUAAAUACUUUGUAUCUGUGUAAAUAACCAAGAGAGGAUAGAAAGAUUGUCUCUGUAAAUAUAUUGCAUUAGAUGAAAGAGAUAUAAAAAAAAGAGAGAAAAAAAACAACUUUUUUUAAGCAAUAAUUUUUGUCUCUUUUAAGCCUUGUAACAUCUCUUUUUUCUUGUUGUAACAAAAUAAUGUUGAAGAAAAGCAAAAUUCUACCAAUAAAACAUUUUCAUGUAUAAA